AUGACUACUGUCGACAACAUCCUUGCCGCCAAGUACCCGGCCAAAGCUCAUGCUCGCCGAGUCGCCGAGACGCUCAAGGCCCAGCACGGAGCCGGUGUCAUCUACUUGGAGUCGCAAAAAGAUCGGCUCAUCGAAGACAAUGACGAGACAAUGCCAUUCAGGCAACGUCGGCCUUUCUUCUAUCUCACCGGAUGUCUGCUGCCCGAUUCGUACGUGACAUACGACAUCAACGCGGACGAGCUCACCCUCUUCAUCCCACCCAUCGAUCCUGGAUCCGUCAUUUGGUCGGGUCUCCCUCUUUCUCCCGAGGCAGCCGCAAAGCUCUACGAUGUGGACCAUGUCCGCUACACGACCGACUUGAAUUCCACUCUCGCGGCAAUCGCCUCAGCCCAUGGUGGGAAGACCAUAGCGUUUGUCAUUGGCGAGCAGGUAUCGGAAGGGACGAUAUUCCAUGGUUUUGCGAACACGAAUACAUCCGUUCUCAAGGGUGUAAUUGAAGAUAGCCGCGUGGUCAAGGACGCGUACGAGAUCGCGCUCCUGCGGAAAGCAAACGACAUUUCUGCCAAGGCGCACAUUACUGCCAUUCAGGCUUCCAAGACCGCCACCAACGAGCGGGAGAUUGAGGCGGCAUUCAUCGGCACUGCCAUUGCCAAUGGCUGCCGCGAGCAGUCCUAUCACCCGGUCGUUGCCGGCGGCGAGAAUGGUGCGACCCUCCACUACGUCAAAAAUGACGAGGACCUAGUCAACCCGGGAACCCAGCAGCGCAAGAAAAAUGUGCUGAUCGAUGCCGGGGGUGAGUACCAGACGUACUGCGCCGAUAUCACCCGUGUGAUUCCUCUGGACGGAAAGUUUGCCCCCGAGACACGCCAGAUCUACGAGAUUGUCCUACAGAUGCAAAAGGAAUGCAUCGCCAUGUUGAAGGAAGGUGUACGAUGGGACGACGUCCACGCACUGGCCCAUCGCAUUGCCAUUCGAGGCCUGUUGAAGCUGGGCAUCCUGCGCGGCUCCGAGGACGAAUUGUUCGAGAACCGUGUCAGUGUGGCUUUCUUCCCGCAUGGCCUUGGUCACUACCUGGGGAUGGACACUCACGACACCGGUGGCCGCCCGAACUAUGAGGACCAAGAUACCAUGUUCCGGUACCUGCGCGUACGGGGCCACCUGCCGGCAGGAUCGGUGAUCACUGUCGAGCCUGGGAUCUACUUCUGUCACUUCAUCAUUGAUCCCGUCUUGAAGUCUCCGGAACGGGCGAAGUAUAUUGACGCGGAUGUCCUGAAACGAUACUGGAGCGUAGGAGGAGUGCGCAUCGAGGACAACAUCCACAUCACGAAGGAUGGGUAUGAAAACCUGACGACGGCCCCGAAAGCAAUUGAGGAAGUGGAGAGCUUGGCUCUAUAA